AUGGAGCCCCGGCUGAAACUUCUCAAGGAAAGCACUGCGCCGAGAGUCGACGCCACCGCCUACCGGAGUAUCGUUGGCGGACUCAGGUAUCUUCUCCAUACGCGUCCGGAUCUUUCAUUCAGUGUUGGCUAUGUGAGCUGGUACAUGGAGGUGCCAACGGAGGAACACCAGGCUGCUGUCAAGCGCAUCCUGCGCUGCGUGGCGGGGACAGUGAGCCUGGGCAUUCACUUCAAGCCGGGGAACAAGAAGGAGCUGCCGCGACUGCACGGCUACAGCGACAGUGACCUUGCCGGCGAUGUCAACGAUCGCAAGAGCACCGGCGGGGUCAUCUACUUCCUCAAUGACGGGCCAAUCUCUUGGCAAUCAAGCAAGCAGAAGGUCGUGGCCCUCUCGUCGUGUGAGGCCGAGUACAUCGCGGUGGCGACCGCGACCUGUCAGGGUGUCUGGUUGGCGCGCCUCCUCGCGGACUUGCUCGACGUCGAGGCCAGCGCACCGACGCUACGGGUGGACAACAAGUCCGCCAUUUCUCUGAUCAAGAACCCAGUGCACCACGAUCGGACCAAGCAUAUUGAUGUGAAGUACCACUACGUCCGGGAGUGUGCAGACCGAGGUCUGAUCGACGUUCAGUUCAUCGGAACGGCGGAACAGCUGGGUGACGUUCUCACCAAAGCUCUCGGCCGACUGAAGUAUGAAGAACUUCGAAGCAAGAUCGGCCUCACCAAACUUCUCUCUGCCGGCAACAGCGCUUAG